ACUUUUUCAAGUACAUCCUUCUUACUCUUUCCCUUUUUAACAAAGAUGAAAAUGCACAAUUGGUGUUUUGAAACUUCAUGUUGUUUUGCUGUGGCCUCCACUGACCUUACUACAUAAACUAAGGCAUGUGUACAUGGUAUCCCUCACCCAGAUGUUUGCUGGGUGACCAGUGCACUCUCAAUACUCAUUAUGUUCUGGUUUAGAAAUGUGUUAUGUUGCAGCUGUGUGUUUAUUUUUCAUAUUUGCCCCAACAAGACGAGUCGUGAAUGGAUGUGACAUGGUAGAAUGAUCAUCAUGCCAAAAAACAUUCCAAGUGGACUGUUUACAGAGGAGGGAUUUUCCUGUGGUUUUGUGUGCCUCCACUGCCCAUGGGUGGGUCUCGUUUGAGACUUUCUUUGGAGGGUGAUGUUGUGCUGAGCGAUUACAACGCACAGCAAAAGAGAGCUCUGUUCUGCACAGAGGAAAUGGGCGUGCUCCUUGGAAAGUUUGGAUGGAGUCACUGUAAAAAUAAGGGGGUGUGGUAUGGCUGGAAAGGAGAAGACCACCAAGAGGGACAGAACGUUGUAAUAGAGUGGUGAAGCUGAUGCUACGCAGCUCCUGAGACCUGAUUCAGAGAGACAAGCAACACACAGAGGAGUUGAAAAUGGCCUACCUGCUUAUGUUUGUGACCCUGCUGCAUCUCAUCACACUGGCAAUUCUCUUCAUUGCAACUAUGGAGAAGUCCUGGUGGGUGUGGGAUGGCAUGGAGAACUCCGACCUAUGGUACAACUGUAGGUUUGACAACUUCACAGGAACCUGGUUGUGUGCAUCCUCCAGAGAAACUGAGUGGCUUAAGGCAAUACAGGUUCUGAUGGUUCUCUCAGUGGUCUUCUCCUCCGUCUCCUUCUUGGUGUUCCUGGGUCAACUGUUCACCAUGUCGAAGGGUGGACUCUUCUACUUCACUGGGCUGUGUCAAGUCUUUGCAGGGCUAUCCACCUUUUCUGCAGCUCUCAUUUACACAUUACACAAUAAGGAAAUCCUUCAGGACUCCAGAGAACUGACAUCUGGACACUUUGGCUACUGCUUCAUCCUGGCCUGGGUGUGUGUCCCAUUGUUGCUGUGUAGCGGGGUCAUAUACAUCCACUUGCGUAAGAAAGAGUGACCAGAAAAGGGAAAACAAAAACAAAAAAAUGUUUUUUUAAAGGCGCAAAAAAAAAAAAAAAAUGAAUUGACUUGUUGUUAAUCAGAAAUGUUUCUUUUGCAGGAGUCACAAAUGCCUAUAUGAUCAUUGCUCAGGCUUUGGUUGAUCUGAUCAUGUUUUUAUGGCCUACAUGUAUUUUUUUUUCCUUUUGCAAACAUUGAUUCCUCAAUAUCAAUCCAAUAUAUAAUGCUCAGCUUCUUUUUUACUGUAAGAGGUUUUGUUGUCCUGUGUUGACCAAGGAAGGUAAAUACCAAAGCAGUGUUAAGUAUUUUUUAAUAGUGUUGUAGCUCUUAUUAGGCAUUUUAAUUACUUUUAAUUUCACGCAUGAAGAGAAAGCUGAAAAUAUGUAUAUUUUUGUACCUAAAGCUGAAUAUGUUCAGCAGCUGUUUGAAAUAAAUA